AUGUUACCCCUCCCUUUGGUAGAAACGGAGGAUGUCGCCGAUCUUCUGAGGUCAGUCAACUUCGGCUGUCGUCAGCCUGACGAACCGAUACAAGUGAGGUACACCUCGCACCAAACAGUGCUCAAGCAUGUGAUGCGACUUGAGGAGGCUCGGAGAGAGAAGACACAAACGCCUCAACCUCAGACGUCCAAUCCUCCGACGCCUAACCCUCCGACGUACAAUCCUCCGAUGCACAAUCCUCAAGCGCUCAACACUCAGACGUCCAACCCGGACACGUUCAAGCUUGCUGAACUCGCAAACUCUCCUCGAAGCAGUCAGGCGCGGUCCCCGAGUAGCACAUACGCGGAAAGUAGCCACAGUGUCAAGCAGCCCCUCAGCCCUAGUGUCAAGCAGCCCCUAAGGAAGGCGCCGCCACUCUCGCAGCUCGUUCGCGAUGCUCGAGCUCGGUCCUUCGCCACCCGCAGCAGAAGCAGCUCUGAGAUGGAACCCCCUUUGGAGGACAACGACAGGAGAAAGAGAGUUAGACCCUCGCCUCCUGACUUGACUGACCGCGCUGUUAAGACCGAAUCCUCCCCGGUCCGCCUGCUUAGCCAUCAGCUGUCCCAUCGCGCCCCUCCGCCCGCACCCACUUUAACGAACGGCCACGGAUCCCGCCCAGAUUCACCAAUUGACUUGACGUUGGACGACGACGAUUCAUAGCAGUGCCCUGUGUUUGAUACGGCUCAACGCUGUUCGCCGAUGGCAUGGCGUCGACAGAUUCGUGGCGCGUCGUGACCCACCGGACUUAUCGCUUGCACACUGCAUAAUUCGAACAUUCCUACCUUUAAUCUCUACUAUGACGGGUACCAUUGCAUUAUAAACUUCA